UGCGGGCGACUUCCGCUUCCUGGCCUAAAUCUGACACGUACUAUUCCCCCCAUGGCAACUACCCAGGGUCGGUGACAGUCGUGGAGCCAGGCGAUGUUCUCAGCCGCCGGGGGGACAGAGGUGCCAUCAGGUUUUUUGGAGUCUCUGCAGAGCCCCUGGGCCAGACCCCACAGUGGACACAGCAGGCUCUUCCUUUCAGCCCUAGCAGCCUUGGCUGAGCCCUCAGGUGCUGCCAGGCUUCAACUUCCUGGGAGGAGAGGAGCGGUUGGUGAGAGGCCAAGGGCUGAGCCCAGCGGGUACAUGGCAGCUGUGCGGCGCUCUCCCCGGUGGCCUCGGGUGCUGGAGGCACAGGGCCACGGCAGCACACGUGAGGUGUCAGUGUCAUUUGAGGAUGUGACUGUGGUCUUCAGCAAGGAGGAGUGGCAGCAGCUGGACUCCACUCAGAGGUGCCUGUACCGGGAUGUGACUCUGGAGAACUACAGCCACCUGCUCUCAGUGGGGUAUCAAGUUCCCAAACCAAAGGUCAUCUUCCAGUUGGAGCAAGGAGAGGGACCAUGGGCACUGGAGGAGGAAACCCCACCUCAGAGCUCUGUAGGUAAAGAUAUUGGGCAAACCCGACAACAGAGAAUUUCUGGAGCAGUUUCAUUCCACCAUGGGAAAUUUGGUCAACCCAUAAGAGAAGAUUCAUUCUGUUCCAUUUUAGAAGAAUUAUGGCAAGAUAAUGACCAGCUGGAGAGAUAUCAGGAAAACCAGAAUAACCCUUUAAGUCAUGUGAAAGUAUUAAUUAAGGAUAGGAGCAACGAGUGUAAAAACAUUGAAAAAAUAAUUCAUGGGAGUACCAAACUUGCUCCCGCAAUUAAAAAAUUCCACAACUGUGAUACAUUUGCAAAAAAUUUGAAGCAUACUUUCAACUUAUAUAACCAUAAUGGAGGCAGUGCAACAAAGAAUCUUGAUCUGAUUUUUGGAAAAGGUAACAAUUUUGCCCAUAGCUCUUCCUCUACUAAGAAUGAGACUGCUGAUGCAGGAGUGAGUUCCUAUGAACCUAAUCAAUGUGAAAAACAUCUUGGCCACAAACAAGUCCUCAUCCACCACCCAAAAAAUCAUAUUGGGGAGAAACUUUAUGUAUGUACUGAACGUGUAAAGGGCUUCACCCAGAAGUCACAUCUCUUUGAGCAUCAGAGAAUUCAUGCCAGAGAAAAAUCCCAUAAAUGCAACAAAAGUGAGAAAGUCUCCUCUCAGAAGCCACAAAUUAGUGCAACUCAGGAUGUUUAUACAGGAGACAAAUCCUAUGUAUGUACUCAAUGUGGGAAGGCCUUUACUCUCAAAUCAAACCUCAUUACACAUCAGAAAAUUCAUACUGGGCACAAACCAUAUAAAUGCAGUGAAUGCGGAAAAGCCUUUUUCCACAGAUCUUAUCUCUUUAGGCAUAUGAGAAUUCAUACAGGAGAAAAACCUUAUGAAUGCAGUGAAUGUGGAAGAGGUUUCUCCCAGAAUUCAGACCUCAAUAUACAUCAGAAAACUCAUACUGGAGAGAAACACUAUGCAUGCAGUGAGUGUGGGAAAGCUUUCACAAGAAAAUCAGCACUGAGGAUGCACCAGAGAAUUCACACAGGAGAGAAACCCUAUGUAUGCACUGAAUGCGGAAAGGCCUUCAUCCAGAAAUCACACUUCAAUACACAUCAGAGAAUUCAUACAGGAGAAAAACCUUAUGAAUGCGGUGACUGUGGGAAAUCAUUCACUAAGAAGUCACAGCUCCACGUGCAUCAAAGAAUUCACACAGGAGAAAAACCCUACAUAUGUACAGAAUGUGGAAAGGUCUUCACUCAUAGGACAAAUCUCACGACCCAUCAGAAAACUCAUACAGGAGAGAAACCUUAUAUGUGUGCUGAAUGUGGGAAGGCUUUCAGUGAUCAGUCAAAUCUCAUUAAACACCAGAAAACUCAUACUGGAGAGAAACCCUAUAAAUGCAAUGGCUGUGGAAAAGCCUUCAUAUGGAAGUCACGCCUCAAAAUACAUCAGAAAUCUCAUAUCGGAGAGAGACACUAUGAAUGCAAUGAAUGUGGGAAAGCUUUCAUCCAGAAAUCAACACUAAGCGUGCAUCAGAGAAUCCAUACAGGAGAGAAACCUUACGUUUGUCCUGAAUGUGGGAAGGCCUUCAUCCAGAAAUCACACUUCAUUGCACAUCAUAGAAUUCACACUGGAGAGAAACCUUAUGAAUGCAGUGACUGUGGGAAGUGUUUCACUAAGAAGUCACAACUCCGCGUGCAUCAGAAAAUUCACACUGGAGAAAAACCAAAUAUAUGUGCUGAAUGUGGAAAGGCCUUCACUGAUAGGUCAAAUCUCAUAACACACCAGAAAAUCCAUACCAGAGAAAAACCCUAUAAAUGCAAUGACUGUGGAAAAACCUUCACUUGGAAGUCACGCCUCACAAUCCAUCAGAAAUCUCAUACUGGAGAGAGACACUACAAAUGCAGUAAAUGUGGGAAAGCUUUCAUCCAGAAAGCAACACUUAAUAUGCAUCAGAUAAUUCACACAGGAAAGAAGCCCUAUGUUUGUACAGGAUGCCAAAAGGCCUUCACUGACAGAUCAAAUCUCAUUAAACACCAGAAAACUCAUAGUGGAGAAAAACUCUACAAAGCCCACGCCUGAAAAAGUCUUCAACUCGAAAUCACAACUGAGUAUUCAUCAAAAGUGUCAUGAUGGAAAAGAGGCAUGUCUUAAGCUGCAUUCAUUGUGUAGGGGGGAUUAGAUAAAAUGGCUGAAGGCUUGAGUGACUAGACGGCAGCCAAAGCCAAGUAUCAUUCAGGCGAUUGGAAAUACAAAUACCUGCAUCACCACAGUUGGUAUGUGAUUGUAUGUGUAGGGAGACAUUGAUAAGGCAUUUGAGCAGUAGUCCUGUUUGAUGUCACUAUUCACAUAGGAACUGUCAAGCUCCUGCAAAUGGUGGAAAUAAAGACCCCAGGAGAUGACUCAUAAUCUCUUAUGUUUCACUUUGUUGGAUAAAAGACUAUGAAUUCAGCACUGAUUAGUUCUUCAUACCCUGAGAUGUGAAAGUACUCAGUACUGGUCCAUUUUGUUUUCAACUUUCCAGGGUGAGGAGAAGAGUUUCCAUUGUCCAAAUACCUGCAGGGUACUGAAGUCAAGGUGAAAAUCUAUUUGGGAAUGUAGGCCUGUGAGCAGAAGUCAGACUUUUUGUGAUCAGUGACAUUUAAGAUACAGAAAAGAUUGCCAUGAAGAACUGUUCUUUCUCUUCCCUUUGAGGAGUCACCAUAGGAUAUUUUUAAAACAUGAAAUAUCAAUUUCAAACUUAAGGUCUGGCUUAAUGAAUUGGCAAAUUAGACAUACCUCUAGCCUACGUACUGGAGUAUAGUUAUGAAACAUUACAUACAUCUAAAGGUUAUCAUUAGUCUCUCAUUAGUACCAUGCUGUGGUAGCAGGUGUUUCACACCUAAAAAAAAAAGUAUGCAUACCUUCCAACAGGUAGCACAUAAACUACUGUUUAUGUAAGCUGCAGACAGUAGACCUCUUAUUCCCCUGGUAAUUGACCCUAAGCCAUGGAACUGAGCCACAGUACCUAGGACUUGCAGUCUUUUCCACUGAAGCCUCUUUUCUCUUUGGGAUUGCCAUUUGAAAAAGAACGGCUAAAAAAUGGGUUUCAAUAUACAUAAGUUGAUUUUGCCUUCUAAUUUGGUUAAGAAAUAUUGAUUUUCUACAUGCAUAUUAUAAGUAGUUUUCUGUAGAUUGUUGUAGAAUAAAAUCAUGUUGCAUUGUAGCUGGAUUGUUACAUUGUAGAAACCACUGCUUUUUUCAAAAAGCACUGAUAUAUAUAGACACUUUCUCAUUUUCCCUUAAACAUUUUUCUACACUACUCAUAAGAAAGUGCUUUUUUCUAGCAUGCAAUUUUAUUUUGUUUUUAGACCUUUUUAUUAACAUAUAAUGCAUACAGAAAAUGCACAUAUCAUUAGCAUACAGCUCAAUGAAUUUUCACAAACUGAACCUGCUCAGAUCAAGAAACAGAACACAACCAACAGUUCAGAGGCACCCCCUUACCACUCCAAUUAGGAGUCACUAUCCUGACUCCUAAUAAUAUAGAUUGGUUUUGUCUAUUUGAUAUUUUCUAUAAAUUGAAUCAGUUGUGUUUUAUGUUUUUGUAAUAUACUCUUUGUGUCUUUCUUCUUUCAAUCAUAUGAUGAACAUGAGAUUCAUCCAUAUUGUUAAAUGUGGUUAUAGAUAAUUCAUUCUCAUUGUCAUAUUAUAUUCGAUUGUGGGAAUAUAUUACAAUAUGUUUAUCCAUUCUACUGUUGAUGGACAUUUGAGUUGUUCGCAGGUUGGGGACAUGAGGACUAUUGCUGCUAUAUGUAUUUUCAUACUAUGUAUUGGUGAACAUAUUUAUGAAUUUCUGUUAUGUAUAGAUCUAGGAAUUGAAUUGUCAGGCCUACGGUAUUCUUAUGCUCAGAUUUAUGUUUUAAAACUAGUUUUCCAAAGUGUCUCUUCCAAUAUACACUCCCAUCAGCACAGUAUGCAAGUUCUAGUUGCUCCACAUCCUAGUCAACACUUGGUAUUUUCCACCUUUUUUACUUUAGCUACUAUGGUUGGUGUAUAGUGAUAUUUCAGUGUGGUUUUAAUUUUUACUGUCUCAUCCCCCAAUCCCAUCCUAGUAACUUGCAAGACAGAUGACUGAUGUCUGUAACUUGCAAGACAAAUGAGGACCAGGUAUGCUCUUCACAUGCUUGUACCAUUUUACAUGCCACCAUCAAUAGUAAGCAGUUACUAAGUUUAAAUCUUCCCACACACAAAAAGUCCAAUGCCACUGGCUAAUUGCGUUAAACAUUUAUAAUAGAAAUAAUAUCAACAUUCCACAAAAUCUUUCAGAAAAUAGAGUGGAAGGAACACUGCUUAACUCUAAGAGAUCUGUGUUACACUGAUAUUUAAGCCAUAUACACUUCCCACAAGAGAACUACACACCAGUAUUCCUCAUGAAUGUAGACAUAAAAAUCUUCAACAAAACAUUAGCAAAUUGAAUCUAGCAAUAUAUAAGGGAAUUACACAUCAUGACCAAGUGGGGUUUAUUCCAAUGAUGCAAAGCUGCUUCAACAUUAAUAAAAUUAGUCAAUGUACUAUACUAUAUUAAUUAAAGAAAAAAUACAUGAUCUACAGAUUUAAUACAACUUUAUCAAAUUUCUAGCAGACUUUCUUAUUCAAAACUUGAUAAGCUAAUUCUAAAUUUAAUUUAGAAAUAGAAAGGACCAAGACUAGUAAAAAGGAAUUUGCCAAAGAAGAACAAAGCAGGAGGACAUUCACCUCUCAAUUUCAAAAUUAUUACAAAAAUACAAUAAUCAAUACAGUAUGUUACUGACCUUGGGGUAGUGGAACAGAAUAUUGUCCCAAGAAUAAAUCCUUGUACUUAGGGAAAACAUGUUUUUUACAAAAGUGUGAAGGCAAUUCAGUGAGGGAAAGAAUAAUCUCUUCAACAUAUGAUGCAGGGAUCAUUGUAUACCCACAUACACACAAAAAUGAAUUUAAGUCUUAUUCCAUAAAAACACAAUAAAAAUUAACUCAAAUGGAUCACAGAUAUAAAUAUAAAAGCUGAAACUAUGAGAGUUUUAACAGAAAACAUAAUAUAUGGUCUCUAUGACCAUAUAUUAAGCAAGGAAACUUAGAUAGGACACCAAGACCAUGAUCCAUAAAAAAAAUAAUAUAAAUUGUGUUUCAUCAAAACCAAAAAGUUUGUGCUUCAAAAGACACCAUUAAAGUGCUAGGAAAACUAGACAGUCAUAUGCAGAAAAAUGAAACCAGAUCAUUCUUUCAUACCAUACACAAAAGUUAAUUCAAAAUGGAUUAGAAACUUGGAUGUAAGACUGGAAACCAUAAAAUGCAUAGGAGAAAACAUAGGCAAAACACUCUAUGACAUUGGCUUCUGUGAUGUAUCUGGGGACUCAAUUCCAAUGGCACGGAAAACAAAAGCAAAAAUAAACAAAUGGGACUGCAUCAAACUGAAAAGUUUCUAUACUCAGAAACUAUAGUUAAAAUAAAAGGAUGCCCUGCUGAAUGGGAGAACAUAUUUGUACAUCAUGCAUCUGACAAGGAGCUAAUAUCUGAUUUACAAAGAACUCAUACAGCUCAACAAAAAUGAAACAAAGAAUCCUAUCCAAAAAAUGGGCAGAAGAGCUAAAUAGACCCUUCUCCAAAGAAGACAUACAGAUAGCCAUAAAGCACAUGAAAAUAAGUUCAACAUUGCUUAUCAUCAGGGAAAUAAAUGCAAAUCAAAACCACAAUGAGAUAACAUGUCCAUAUCAAAAAACCCAGCAACAGCAAAUGCUGGGGAGGAUGUGGAGAAAAAGGAACCCUCCUACAUUGUUGGUGGGACUAUUAACUGCUCCAGCCCCAUGGAAAACAGUAUGGAGGUUCCUAAAAAUAUUAAAAAUAGAUCUACCAUAUGACCCAGAACUUCCACCCAAAGAAUGCAAAAAUACUAAUUUAAAGGGAUAUAUGUGCUUUACAGUAGUGAAGUUAUGGAAAACAACCUAAGGGCCUCCAAACAGAUGAGUGGAUUAAGAUGUGGUACAGAUACAUAAUGGAACUCAGUUAUAAAAAAAAAAAUGAACUCUUGCAAUUUGCUGCAACUUGGAUGGAAUUGGAUGAAAUUAUGCUAAAUGAAACAAGUCAGGAGAAUGAUAAAUACUGGAUGAUUUCACCCAUAUGUGGAAUGUAGAAAAACAAAGCAAAGGGACUGACAAAACUAUACCAAAACAAACCCUAAAAAUAUAACUGCAGAACUGAGGCUACUAGAGGGGAUAGGAAUAGGAACAAAGUGGGUAGGGGACCGACUUGUCUAUGAUAAAGGACUAUGAAAGAUUUUGUGCUGCAUGUGGUGUGGUGACGGGCAUCUGAGGAGGUGUGAACCUAUUCCCUUAAAUCAUGUACAGUGUUGUAAACCAGUGUUAGAUAAAAAAAGAGAGAGAGAGAAAGACAUCUUUAAGAAAAUAAAAAUACAAAACACAGACUCAGAGAAAAAAUCAUAAAUCAUGUAUCUGAUAAAGAACUUAUUGCCAGACUAUAUAAAGAACUUUCACAACUCAAUAAAAACAAGAUAAACAACCCAUUUUUAAAAUGGGCAAAAGAUUAAAGAGACAUUUCAUCAAAGAACAAAUACAAAUAAUCACAUGAAGAGAUGCCUAACAUCAGUAAUCAUUAGGGAAAUUCUAAUUAAAACCACAAUGAAAAAUGAUGUAAAAAUAUAUAAAUAAAAAAUUCAAAAAAAGAAAAAAAAACAAAGGUAUUAGAAAACAAACAAACAAACAAAAAAAAAACAAAAACCAACAACAACAAAAAAAAACACAAUGAGGUAGGGCCUCAACUGCCUGGUGCAGGCAGUUGAACACAGCACUGUGAAGCUGUCCGCAGCCUCUGCAGCACAGGUUCGAUUUGGCUGGCCACUUGGCAUGGCAGACCUCUCCUGUCUCUUCCACUGCUCCCCUCAGCAGUGUAUUUCAGCCAGUCUGCCUGUUAUGUUCCCCACUCUGUCUCUGGUGAAUCCUCUAACCCUCCCACACAUCUGGCCUGUACCAGAGUUCUUGUAGCAUGAAUAAAUACAUCUUUAAAAAAAAACGCACAAUGAGAUACAACUUUAUCUGCACUCAAAUGCCUAUAACAAAAAAGACAAUUAGGGCCUCCCCGGUGGUGCAGUGGUUGAGUGCUGGGCUGUGAAGCUGCCCACAGCCUCUGCAGCACCCUGCGGCACCAGUUCUAUCCCCGGCUGCCAGUGAGGGUCCCACAUGGUGCACAGACCUCUCCUGCCUCACCCGCUGCUCCCCUCAGCAGUGUACUUCAUCAGUCUGCCUGUUCUGCUCCCCACUCUGGUUCUGCUGAAUUCUUUCACCCUCCCGCGCUUCUGACUGUACCCAGUGCUUAUAUAAAUAAAUAAAUAAAUCUUUUUUUUUUUUUUAAAGACAAUUAUAACAACUGUGGGCAAGUAUAUGGAGAGUCCAGAAUUUUCAUAUGUUUCUAGUUUGAAUAAGUUCAAGUUUAUCGCUUCUCGGCCUUUUGGCUAAGAUCAAGUGAAUAAGUUCAAGUUGUGUAAUGUUUUGAAAAAUUUUGGUAGUCUCUUAAAAUAUUGAUUAUAAAUUUACCAUAUGACCCAGCAAUGCUAAUCCUCAGUAUUUACCCAAAAGAUAUGCAACAUUUAUUCACACAAACAAUUGCACUUGAAUAUUCAUAACACCAUUAUUCAAAUGUGGCCAAAAGUGGAGACAAUUCAAAUAUUCAUCAACUAGUGAGUGGAUAAACAAAAUGUGAUAUAUUCAACAAUAAAAAGGAACAAGUGCUAAUAAAUAGUAAAACAUGAAUACACCUCAAAACCAUUCUGCUAAGUGUAAGAAAUGGGACACAAGAGACCAAAUGUUGUGUUUGUAUAUUUUAUUUAUAUGAAAUGUGCAGAAAAGGCAAAGCUAUAGAGUCCUGUAGGUUAGUGGUUGUCUGGGGUUAAGAAUGAGAACAGUUAUUAACUGUAAAUUAAAGCAAAGGAUCUAAAUGGAGUUGAUGUAAAUGUUCUAGAACUUUAUUGUGGUGAUGGUUACACAAUUAAGGAAAUCUAAUAAAGCUCAUUGAGGUGAUCUUUAAUUCCUUUCCUGUUUAAACAUCUGUAUUCCCUGCCAUAACAUCUGUGGCCAUCUCUAGCUAGAAUGAAGUGUUGUCUUGGCACCUGUUGUAUACCUAAUAAAUUCAUUUUUGAAAAAGUCAUUGAACUGAAAAUUUAAAUAUGUAAUAUAAA